AUGGCGGCCCAUCACCGGCAGAACACGGCCGGGCGGAGGAAAGUGCAGGUUUCCUAUGUUAUUCGAGAUGAAGUGGAGAAGUACAAUCGAAAUGGAGUCAAUGCCCUGCAGCUGGACCCCGCCCUGAACCGACUUUUCACAGCCGGCCGAGACUCCAUCAUCAGGAUAUGGAGCGUCAAUCAGCACAAGCAAGAUCCAUACAUAGCAUCUAUGGAGCACCAUACCGAUUGGGUAAACGACAUUGUACUCUGUUGUAAUGGGAAAACGUUAAUAUCUGCUUCUUCUGACACGACAGUAAAAGUAUGGAAUGCACAUAAGGGAUUUUGUAUGUCAACAUUAAGGACACACAAGGAUUAUGUAAAGGCCUUAGCAUAUGCCAAGGAUAAAGAACUGGUAGCAUCGGCUGGGUUGGACAGACAAAUAUUCCUUUGGGAUGUGAAUACUCUAACAGCAUUGACUGCCUCAAAUAACACUGUCACAACUUCAUCUUUAAGUGGAAACAAAGAUUCCAUUUAUAGCCUGGCAAUGAAUCAACUGGGAACAAUCAUUGUAUCAGGGUCCACUGAGAAGGUUUUAAGGGUAUGGGAUCCAAGAACGUGUGCAAAACUGAUGAAGCUUAAAGGGCACACGGAUAACGUAAAAGCGUUGCUGCUGAACAGAGACGGCACCCAGUGCCUCUCUGGCAGUUCUGAUGGGACAAUUCGCCUGUGGUCCCUCGGCCAGCAGAGAUGUAUAGCGACGUACCGAGUCCAUGAUGAAGGCGUUUGGGCUCUGCAAGUCAAUGAUGCCUUCACACACGUGUAUUCUGGAGGAAGGGACCGGAAGAUUUAUUGUACAGACCUGAGAAACCCUGACAUUCGAGUGCUGAUUUGUGAAGAAAAGGCACCAGUUCUCAAGAUGGAGCUUGAUAGAUCAGCUGAUCCACCUCCUGCAAUCUGGGUUGCAACAACGAAAUCUACAGUAAAUAAAUGGACGUUGAAGGGAAUUCACAACUUCAGAGCCUCUGGAGAUUAUGACAAUGACUGUACAAACCCUAUAACACCCCUUUGCACACAGCCUGACCAGGUUAUUAAAGGCGGUGCGAGUAUUAUUCAGUGCCACAUUCUUAAUGAUAAGAGACAUAUAUUAACCAAAGACACCAACAAUAAUGUGGCAUAUUGGGAUGUAUUGAAGGCAAGUAAAGUGGAAGAUCUGGGCAAAGUGGAUUUUGAAGAUGAAAUUAAAAAAAGAUUCAAGAUGGUGUAUGUACCAAAUUGGUUCUCAGUAGACUUAAAAACAGGGAUGUUGACUAUUACUUUGGAUGAGAGCGACUGUUUCGCUGCUUGGGUUUCUGCCAAAGAUGCCGGCUUCAGUAGCCCUGAUGGGUCAGAUCCGAAACUGAACUUAGGAGGACUUUUGCUCCAGGCACUCCUAGAAUAUUGGCCUAGAACACAUGUGAACCCCAUAGACGAAGAAGAAAAUGAAGUAAACCAUGUAAAUGGGGAGCAGGAGAACCGAGUACAGAAGGGGAAUGGCUAUUUCCAAGUGCCCCCCCACACCCCCGUGAUCUUCGGUGAAGCAGGAGGCCGCACCCUGUUCAGGCUGCUGUGCCGGGAUUCCGGAGGGGAGACGGAGUCCAUGCUGCUCAACGAGACGGUGCCACAAUGGGUAAUUGACAUCACCGUGGACAAAAAUAUGCCCAAAUUCAACAAAAUUCCUUUCUACCUCCAACCUCAUGCAUCUUCAGGAGCAAAAACCUUAAAAAAAGAUAGACUUUCUGCUAGCGACAUGCUCCAAGUCCGGAAAGUAAUGGAACAUGUUUAUGAGAAAAUCAUCAACUUGGAUAAUGAGUCUCAAACCACUAGCUCUUCUAAUAAUGAAAAACCUGGAGAACAGGAGAAAGAGGAGGAUAUCGCUGUGCUGGCAGAGGAGAAAAUUGAACUUCUGUGCCAGGACCAGGUUUUGGAUCCAAACAUGGACCUUCGGACAGUGAAACACUUCAUAUGGAAGAGCGGUGGUGACCUCACCCUCCAUUACCGACAGAAGUCCACGUGA